UCUCAACAAUAAAAGGUCACACAUCAGCCUCUGCACCAUAUGUCAUAACACAACGAAGGCGCACCAUCUGCGCACUCAUGCCCCGUCGACGCCGCCCUCCACGGCCCGGUGCGCUCGCUGACCUCUCUCCCACGCGCAUCGCAUCCCAGAUUGUCCUCCUGCAGCUGGCCUACUAUGCAUGCGCCGGGAUUCUUAUCGUCUUCACGGCCCUCGUCGCUGGCAAGGAGGUCAGCCUGGACUUGAUAUUUAACUGGGAGACGUUGCGCGGCGACACCACAAUAGGCUGGACCCUGGGACUGGUCUGGAUACUGAACAGUCUCACCAGUGCCAUCUUCAUCCUCCUUCUAAUAGCGCGCUCGAAACUUGUCCUCGACUUCGCCCUCACCGUACACUUCAUCCACCUGAUCGUCACCUCCUUGUACACGCAUGCGGUACCUUCACACCUUUUCUGGUGGGCGCUCCAGACAACUAGCGCCACCAUCAUGACUUCUCUUGGCGUAUGGGCGUGUCAGUGGCGUGAGCUGAGGCCUAUCAACUUCGGCGCCAAGAGCUCGAAACCAGCUGCUGAUGAUGGGGUUGGAGAGAUCAGAGGUACUGAGAGAGGGAGAGGGAGAGGCAGAGACGGCGCUGGGGAGUACGAGAUGGCCAACAUGAAUGAUGGAGACAACAACGUAUGAUAGAGGGAUGUUGGAUUAUGCAUUGCAUGGAGUUGCUAGAGUUACAGCCAUUAGGCCACGACUAGGAGGAACAUACCCCCUCUGUCCUGACUGUCAGGAUGAGAGCAUGUCAGCAUGUC